AUGUCUGUGUUCAGGUUAUCGAGUCUCACUUCAUGGCCAAAGAGAAAGAGAAAAGAUUUUCUCGUCCCUGUGAAAGCAUAUGAAAGCAAAGGCGAAGGAAAAGUAUUGAAAAAUCUUCUUCGUGAUGAUCCCCACGAGAGGCCGUUAUUUACGGAAUCAACGGUGUACUUGUCUGUUAUCGUGCCGGCUAUGAAUGAGAAGGAUCGACUGCCAACCAUGCUAGAUGAAUGCUUCGAUUAUUUGCUUCAACGAGCGAAAAAAGAGGAAAAUUUCACUUUUGAAGUUUUAGUUGUUGACGAUGGAAGCACUGAUGAAACCGCUGACAUCGCUGCAGAUUACGGUCGUAAACAUCCUGGCUUGCUGAAAGUUUUGAAACUGGAACGGAACCUCGGGAAAGGAGGUGCUGUUCGCAACGGUGUUCUGCACUGUGGCGGAAAGUUAAUUCUCUUUGCCGAUGCUGAUGGCGCCACAAAGUUCUCGGACAUUGAAAAGCUGGAAAGAAGCCUGUUGCGAAUAAGUCGUGGUCUCGACGAGACCUUUCCCGUUGUCGCGGUCGGAUCGAGAGCUCAUUUGGAAGCUGAAGCAGUCGCAACACGUUCCCUUUUUCGUAACAUUUUGAUGCAUGGUUUUCACUUGUUGGUAUACCUAUUUUCUUCACGAACUGUUCGAGAUACGCAAUGCGGAUUCAAACUUUUCACCCGGGCAGCAGCAGCUAGAGUGUUUCCUGUGCUCCAUGUUGAACGAUGGGCCUUCGACGUUGAAUUGAUCUAUCUGUGUGAGCUGUGGAUGAUACCGAUAGUAGAGGUUUGUGUUACUUGGCACGAGGUGGAAGGCUCCAAGAUUGUUCCUGUCAUAUCAUGGUUACAAAUGGGAAGGGAUUUGAUUCUUAUCUGGUUCCGGUACCGUUUUGGAAUUUGGACGGACAAAAUGGGAGGGAAACGUACAUCAAAAACCAAGACGGAAACUGUUGAUCCUCAAGAGUAUCAUGUAAAUGAAAUAAAAAUGGAGGAGGAAAGAGUUUUAAAUACCUAUGACGAUGGCUCGGAUUUCCCACAGAUUCCAACAGGGCCUUUCGAUGUAACGAACUACUGCAAACGUAUUGAGGUACAAGUUGUAAAUGAGAUGGACGACGGUAUGUCGCUCGAUUUCGAUCUCAUUCAUGUUGAAUCUCCAAUAGCUAAUGCUCUCAGGAGGGUACUGUUAGCAGAGGUUCCCACCAUGGCGUUCGAGAAAAUAUAUCUCUACCAGAAUACCAGCGUCAUCCAGGAUGAGGUUCUUUGUCAUAGAAUCGGUCUGCUCCCUCUUAAAGUUGAUCCGAGGAAGUUUCUGAUGCCCACUGAAAAGGUUAUUGGAAUCAACGAGCAUGGCGUCGACUGUGAUGAAGAGCCCGAACCAGAUCCAACCCGUAAUGUUGUUUUUAACAUAAAUGUAACUUGCACUCGUAAUAGAAAUGCACCAACUACAGCCACCGAACCCCAUCAGCUUUAUCAUCAGUCAUCAAUCUACUCUAGAGCUUUCAAAUGGAUGCCAUGCGGUGAUCAGGAAAAGCAGUUCGCUGAUGAUCCUCCUCGGAUUGUUCAUGACGAUAUUUUGGUAGCAAAGCUUCGACCUGGGCAACAAAUAGAAGCGAGCUGUCACGCUGUGAAGGGUAUUGGACGUGACCAUGCGAAAUUUAGUCCAGUAGCUACCGCCACAUAUAGGUUGCUUCCAACAAUUCGUCUUCUCGGCGAAGUGCGUGGAGAGGCUGCAGUUCGAUUACAGGAAUCGUUCAGUGAAGGUGUUAUCGAGCUUAAGGAGAAAGAUGGUGAGCAGUUCGCGGUGGUCGCUGAUGCUCGACGAGAUACUUGUAGUAGGAAUAUAUUCAGGCAUGAUGACUUGGCACCUUUGGUAGACCUAGGAAGGAGAAAGGAUUACUUCAUUUUCAGCGUUGAGUCAACAGGUGCUCUGAAGUCCGCGGAAUUGGUUGUGGAAGCCUGUAAGGUAAUGGAAGAAAAGUGCAGGUUACUUCGAGAACAGAUUUCAUCUGUUUUCAAACAUGAAUGA